UAAUUUCAGUAAAUCAUUGGUUCUGGUGGUUAAUUUCAACAUUUGCAUUCAUAUUCGAGUUUUGAUCAAACUACAAAAUGUCAAAACAUUUUUCUUUGGUGACAUUCUUGAUGAUCAUGAUCAUCUUGAUUCUUCUAUGGUCAACUAAUACAAUGGCUGACAAUAACUCCAAUGAUGGUAGCUUAUUUUUCGGUAAUAAUGGACUACUUAGUGCCCUAUUGGAUCGAUUAAAUCGAAGAUUGACCAAUAAUUAUGAAUCAACUAAUAAUGGUAACAAAAAUAAAAAUGUUAAUAACAAUAAUAAUGAUGAUGAUGAUGGCGAAUUUAUACGUACCAAUUAUGUUGAUUCAUUUUUCCGUCGUUAUGGCAUAUUAUCGGUGUUUAUGAAUGACAACAAAAAUUCUAAAUUUCAAACCAUUCCGACAGCUACUACUCGUAGACCACGUAAUUUUAUUUAUCGAUCUAGAUCAAAUCGACCACGAACAUCAUUUCAGGAUCCAUUCCUUGCUGAAGAGGUUGAAUUUGUUCCAAAAUUUUCCAAUCUUUAACCGAAUGAAGCAUGCGACAUCUAUGGAAUAUUGAAUCUUUAUGUAAACUCUGUAUGUGAUUGUUUGGAAUUUACCAAAUUUCUAAUCGUAUGGAUCGUCCACGAGAAUCCAUUUGUCGAUAUCGACCAUCAUCAUCAUCAACAUUGUGGCCAUCUAAAAAACGAUCGUUUCUUGAAUUACGUCUGUAGUGAAAUCGUCAACAAAAUACCGAUUAUUAACCCUAGAAAGGUAACCUUAUCGAUAUUGCGGGAAAGGUAACCUACGUAAAUUUUACGUAGUUGAUAUGCCUAACUUAUUUCCACUAUAAAAAUUAUUUAUCUGAUUACUUAUGUUAAAUUUUAACGUUUAUUCAUUGAAUCACACCUCUAUUUUAUAUUAAAGAAGAAAAAAUCAUUUUUCAAAA